CUUUCCCCGGCCAAGCCAGCAGGACCCUCUCAUUCCACCCAGGUCGGCUUGGCCUUUGGCCCCCCAGGCUGACCUGCGGUGGAGGGAAAGGGGCUGAAUGGGAUGGACAGGCAUGUGGUGACCGCCCCAAGGUAGAACUGGCAAUCUGGGGUGGUCUUGCCCCCACCACCCAGAGCAGUUUCUGGGCCUCGGAAUCAGGCCACAGGAGGGGCCUGACCCUCCACCAUAUCUCCCUGGUCCAGUGCGUGGGCCUGGGACGUACUCACGACCACACAAGCCCUUCUGCAUAGCUGUCCGCCAAGGCUCCAGGGGUCCAAGCCGCACUGACAGCUUCUUUCCAGCUCAUCACAAACAGGCGAGGCUGAAGGGGCUGCCCACACAGCGGGGGCGUGGGAGCUGCAGUGAUAGCAGUGUGGCUGGUCCCAGGGAGCCACACCGUGAGUGCCCCUGACGGCAGGCACUGUCCACCUGCACCAUGGAGAACAGUCUCAAGAACGUCCUGGUGGUGGCCCUCGGAUUUCUGCUUCUCUUCACAGCCUACGGGGGUCUGCAGAGCCUGCAGAGCAGCCUCUACAGCGAGGAGGGCCUGGGCGUGACGGCACUCAGCACCCUCUACGGCUCCGUGUUGCUGUCCUCCAUGUUCCUCCCGCCCAUCCUCAUCGCCAGGCUGGGCUGCAAGUGGACCAUCGCGGGCUCCAUGUGUGGCUACGUGGCCUUCUCGCUGGGCAACUUCUACGCCAGCUGGUACACCCUGAUCCCCACCUCCAUCUUGCUGGGGCUGAGCGCUGCCCCGCUGUGGUCCGCUCAGUGCACCUACCUCACCGUCCUGGGGAACAGGCAUGCCGGGAGGGCGGGCCAGCAGGCCAAGGACGUGGUGAACCAGUACUUCGGCAUCUUCUUCCUCAUCUUCCAGUCCUCCGGUGUGUGGGGCAACCUGAUCUCGGCGCUGGUGUUUGGCCAGUCCCCCAGCAGAGAGACCAUCCCGGAGGAGGAGCUCCUGUCCUGCGGGGCCAGCGACUGCCUGAUGGCCUCCGUGGCCCCCGUGGCCACCAACAGCACCCACCGCCCCUCCCAGGAGCUCAUCUUCACCCUGCUGGGCAUCUACACAGGGAGCGGCGUCCUGGCAGUCUUGCUGAUAGCCGUGUUUCUGGAGCCCUUGCACAGCGUUCAGCAGCAGAGCGACAGGAAGAGGCUGGCGUUCUGGUCCACGCUGCUGGCGACGUUCCGGCUGCUCAAGGACCGGCGGCUGCAGCUGCUCGUGCUCCUGCCGCUGUACAGCGGGCUGCAGCAGGGCUUCCUCUCGGGCGAGUACACGAGGUCCUACACCUCCUGCGUGCUGGGUAUCCACUUCGUGGGCUACGUGAUGAUCUGCUUCUCGGCCACCAACUCGCUGUGCUCCCUGCUGUACGGGAGGCUCUCCAAGUUCACCGGCAGGAUCGCCCUCUACUCGCUCGGCUCUGUCAUCCAGCUCGCCUGCAUCACUGCCCUCCUGCUGUGGAGGCCGCGCUCCGACCAGCUGGCGCUGUUCUUCGUGUUCCCCGGCCUGUGGGGCAUGGCUGACGCUGUCUGGCAGACGCAGAACAACGCCCUUUACGGCGUUCUCUUCGAGAAGGACAAGGAAGCCGCCUUCGCCAACUACCGCCUGUGGGAAGCCCUGGGCUUCGUCGUGGCCUUUGGGUAUAGCACGUUCCUGUGUGUCAGCGUCAAGCUCUACAUCCUGCUGGGCGUCCUGGGCCUCACCAUGGCGGCCUACGGGCUGGUCGAGCACAUGGAGUCCAAGAACAUGGCCAGGCCGCAGACUGAGGGACAGACCAGCCCCACAGACAGAGCAGAGGCCCAGACCCAGCUGUGAGCCCUUGUGACUGCUGCCAGCCAGUUUGACCUGCACAUGCCUUAGGGCAGCCAGCCAACCCCUCGGGAUGAUCUGAGCCCCCAUAGCUGGCCGCCUUGAUGACACUGGAUAAGCAGCUUCCAAGUCAAUUGUCCGAUCUGACAAGGCUUUAGCCACUGUCUUAUCAAUGGAGAUCAGGAGUUUACAUGAAGGAAUCUGUUGAUCUGAUUUCAGAGCACAAUCAGCCAUUAGAAUCUGUCUAGAAUCAUAGACUGCCUGUGUUUUCUUUUGUUGUUGGUAAGAAUCAGAAGACUGCUCAAAAUAAUGUCUAAUGAUGCAGGAAGUUGGGGGAUCAGGCCCAACACCAGUGCUGAAUCAGAGCCACAAGAUGACCACUCGUCUCACGUUCACGAAGAAUUAGAGACGUGGACACAGGGAGGGGAUAGCAAAGUGGAGUUUAUUAACCCCAGAGAGGAAAACGGAGCUCCCAAG